AUGUAUAGAAUAAUACAUGUGAACGAUGCAAGGCAUUUAAGCCGUAAUUUUGGUUUCUUUGAUACUUUGGGUCUCAAAGGGCCGAAACCAGUGGUCAUCUUCGGUAAUCUAUUAGACCUGCUAUUCGUGUCAAAGCCUGACCUCGAAGUGCAGCGAACGAAACAAUUUGGCAAAAUCUAUGGAAUAUUUGAGGGCAGCAAACCUUUAGUACAGGUGGCGGAACCCGAUAUAAUAAAACAGAUCCUGGUGAAAGACUUUCGCGUGUUUAACACCAAACCGCGCAUCACGAAUGUUGGCCACCCGGUCAUCGAGAGUAUGCUCAUUACAACCCGGGGCGACACCUGGCGGAGGGCGCGCACAGCGGUAAGCCAUGGGUUCACAGUGGCGCGCAUGCGCAAACAGUACGUGCCUGUGCGCCACUGCGUGAGCGAACACCUAUUGCCUGUGUUGUACACUCACGCCGACUCACGCACGCCGUGUGAUCUGAAACGGGUUUACAGUUGCUUCGCGUUGUCGUGCAUAACGCGGUGCGCGUUCGGCGUCCCAACCGAUCCCUACAACGAACCCCAACACCCGUUUGUGGCCAACGCGUGGCCAGUGUUUCGGCUCCCGGUGUGGAAACUAUUUGCCCUACAAGUGCUGCCGCCCUAUGCGUUGCGCUUAUUGAAUAUCAGCUCGUUUUUUGACGAGACGCGUAUCGCAAAUAUCGCGCGUACUAUACGUCAGAUAAUACGCGCGAAAGCGAGUGCCGGCGAUAAUGGCGACGAUUUUAUUAGCGCUGUUAUAAACUCAAAGCCCGAUGUUUAUGAUGAUCAAGAUGUGGACAGUCUAGUGAUGGCGGCCAAGACUGACGGCCAAAACGUGGUGAAAGCGCCGUUGACAGAGGACGAGAUGGUCGCCCAGGGGUUCAAUAUAUUCACCGCUGGGUUCGACCAAAUGGCAAAUCUAUUAGCGUUCGUGUCUUACGAAUUGGCGCUCAAACCGGAAGCGCAGGACAGGCUGUACGCGGAGAUUGUGGCCGCCGGCGCCCACACUAACGGUGAGAUUAGUUACGACGAGUUGCGCCGAUUGCCAUACAUGGAUGCCGUGGUAAACGAGACACUCAGACUGCACGCCACGCCCGUGAAGCUCAGGCGCAUACCGGGCCAUGACUUCCCGUUGGCCGGCACCGGGAUUGUUGUGCCGCGGGGUCAGCCCCUAGAGAUACCGAUCUACGCUAACCAUCACUCGGACGAGUACUUUCCCGACGCCGAGCGUUUCAUUCCCGAAAGGUUUUUGCCCGAAAAUCGUCACAAUAUAAAGCCGUAUACUUUCCUGCCGUUCAGUACCGGUCCCCGGGUUUGUGUGGGAAAGCCGUUCGUGUUGUUGGAGACUAAGCUGGCGUUGUUUCACGUGUUGCGUCGCUUCCGGUUCGCCGUCCAUAAGGACACAAAAGUGCCGCCAAUUGUCAAAACGCAUCCAAUGAUCAAAUCACUAGAAUCGCUGUAUAUCUCGGUUGUGGCCCGAGAUUAAUACAAAUGAUUUUUUCCAUGCUUGUUUU